UAUAAGCUUGCUGUCCGCUGCUUUUCGUCUAAGUUGGACUACUCUGUACCUCAGCAUGGAGCAGAACUACGUCAGGCAUGUGGAGCUUCUGGGCUUCGAGAAACGCUUCUUCCCGAGUCAGCACUACGUGUACAUGCUGAUGGUGAAAUGGAGCGACCUCACUGAGAAACUGAUCUACAGGACGUAUCCUGAAAUGCACAGCUUCCAUAAAUCACUGAAGGAAAUGUUUCCCAUCGAGUCUGGUAAAAUAGAAAAGAAAGACAGAAUCAUCCCUUCUUUACCAGCGCCGCGUUGGUUGGACAGCCAGAAGUCGACAGAGAACAGGCAGAGCACGCUGUCUGGAUACUGCCACUCGCUCAUCAACCUGCCGCCUCACAUCUCUCGCUGCAAACUGCUCACCAGCUUCUUCCAAGUUAGACCCGAAGACGAGAACCCGCCUGCCCCAAACACACUGAAAAGAAACGAGACCUUUGUGGUGUCCAGAGAGCUGGCCAGAGGAAAUGCAUCCGUGAUUUCUGGUCCCAUCAUACUGGACACCUACAGAGUGAUCGCUGACUACACCAAGACGACCAAGCAUGAGAUCACUCUGCACACCGAUGACCUCGUGGAAAUCGUGGAGAAAAACCAGAACGGUUGGUGGUUCUGUCAGUGUGAGAAUAAACGCGGCUGGAUUCCUGCUUCUUACCUCGAACCUCUGGACGCACCGGAGGAGUCUGAGGACGCUGAUCCAAACUACGAAGGAGAGCUCUACACCACCUGCACAGCCUACAAGGCGGAGCAGAGCGAUGAGAUCUCUCUGGAGCCGGGUCAAACCAUCGAGGUGAUUCACAAGCUGCUGGACGGCUGGUGGGUCGUCAGGAAAGGAGACGAAACGGGUCAUUUUCCCUCCAUGUUCCUGCAAAAAGCUGGAAAGGAAUGUGAAGCGAUGAAACUGCAGGGACAGAAACCGCCACCGCGCAGGUCCACCAUCCGAAACGCCAAGAGCAUCCACAAGAGAGGAAAGCAGCAGCUCAGCCAGGACUCGUACCGCAGGAACAGCCGCCGCUACCUCCAGCAGAAGAGCAAGCUGAGAAAAGAGUCCGAAAGCGGCCCCAAGUCUCCACUGAAGGAGAGGACGAACCAAGAAAACAUUCCCGAGCAGUCCGGCUCCAGCUCAGAGAGCGAGCUGAAGAAGGACACUCCGGUCAUCCCUCCUCGGCCGAGUGCGGAGCUCAUCUUGGAGCGCUGCACCGACAACACCUGCAAGAGAGUCAGCAUCCACAAGUCAGAGACCAGCUCCAGCAGCUAGCCUGGACGACAUCCAUCAUCAUACGUCUUAUAGAAGUCGCGUUGAAACAGCCUUUUUUAGAGCUUUUAUCUUCCUUCGUUUGAUGUAUUUAUGGUGACAGAGGAUGUUGGGGAUUGUUCAAACUGUGUAAACCAAUGAGAGACCAGCUAACAGGGAGAAAAGAAGGUUGUCAUUUAAAUAAAAAGUCACACAAUUUAGAAAGUAAGUCAAAUUUUAGACCAUUUGCAUUGAAUCACAAUACAUUAUACAGUAUGGAAAGUUGCCCAAAAGCUAUUUUUAUGUUUAAUUUAAAUGUGACAUUAAAAUAUAAGUCUGUUGUUAUUCUAUAUUUUUUUCUUACUGUCAGCAAAUCGCAUGAAAAGACCCAAACCAACAAUGUUUUAAUCUGUCUUCUCUGCUCAUUGUUUAAAGGAAAUCUUCAAAAAACAGCUUAAAUAUAUAUUAUUUCACUUUUUAAAAGGCUCAAAAAUGUCCUAAAACAUUUAGCCACUGUCGUUUUAGCAAACUUAAAGGAUGCAAUUGUGUAUUUUCUUAAAGGGGCUGCAAGAUUAAUGUACCAAUAUAUGUUCUCAAUCAAUCAUCUAGUCUAUAAAUUGGCAAGAACUUAAGAAAAAAUGCAUGGAUUUAAAAGUUGAUCUGAAGCUAAUAUGAAGCUUCAAGAACAAAAAGAUGAGAGAGAAAGAAAGAAAGAACAAGAAAAACGAAAGAUGGAAGGCACGAAUGAAAGAAAGAAGAAAGAAGAUGAAGAAAGAAAGAAAAAGGAAGAACAAAAAGGAUGAGAGAGAAAGAAAGGAAGAGAGAAAGAAAGAAAGGAAAAAAAAUGCCCGUAACAGGUUCCCAGAGUCCCAGACUCCAAGUUAAUGUCUUCAAAAGUCUUGUUUUUUCCAGCCAAUAGUCCAAAACCCCCAAAAAAACUUAGUUUACUGUCACAGAAUACAAAGAAAAAUGAAGAAUAUACACGUUUGAUAAGCUGGAAUCAGUGAAGUUAAAUGAACUAAAAUGCUAAUCGCUGCAGCUUUAAUUUACUGGGGACUAUUUUCAGCGGCGGAUGAAUCCACAUUUGCUGCUUUAUUGAGUAUUUCUAUGUGUGUGUGUGAUUGAGUCAACUAAACUACUAGUGUGUGAUGAUGUCGCCCGGUGCAACGGUGUGACUCAUUGACGUGCUUUUAGUUAUUUUUGGAGACACGGAGGAAUCAGAUUCAUCAGGCUUUGGGUAUUUGUUGGUUUGAGCAUUUUUAUUUGAUUCCUUAACUAUAAGAAAAAUAUAGAUCCUUUAAAGUCGGUAUUUGUAGGGUUUUAAAAACGGUCGUAUUUUGGCGCCAUCUGGUGGUCAUAUCAGCAAAUGACAACGUGACAAACAACGAUACAUGCUGCAUAAAGAAAGCCUUUUUUAAUCUGCUUUAAUUACAUUCAAAUCCUCCACAUAAUAACUUUAAAGAUCCUCCAGCCUUGAAACUUUCCUCCCGGCUCAGUGUUACAUUUAAUAUUACAGUAACAAUGCUUGACUUGCAUUAUUUUAAGUCCGUUAUCUUAUGAUUUUAGUGUUAUUAUCAACAUUCCUUGUGAUUAAAACAAUGUUUUAUUUCGUAAUAUUUAUUUUAAAGGCCCAGAACUCAUAAUAAUCUCUAUGAUGAAGCAUUAAAGUCAGUCAUGUUGAGGUAUAAUAUGAUAUUUAAGCUCUGAUCACAUAAAAAUAAACAAUUAUGACAGUUUAUCAAAAAAAUGGCAAUUGUAAAUAAGAUUUCACUCCCAACAAACCAGCAGGACUUUAUAUCCGUUUUGCUUUAUUUUCAUAUCUUCAGCUCUACUUUGUUGUUAGUUUCUAGUAUUCACGUUUGCAAGAAGUCAAGAAAAAGCUAAUUUUUUUUGCUUGUGACUGGAAGCAUUUAUCUCCAUUUUUCAAGCAUGCAAUCUGUAGAGCGUUGUUUUUAUUUAUUUGCUUUAUAAGUUUUUACAAUAAAAGAAAACUUUAAGCUUU